AUGGCAAACCGUGUAAUCCCAGCAGCAUCAAAACUCCUGAAAACUCUCAGGCCACUCAACUCCGCCGCCUCCUCCACCACCAUCUCCGCCAUAUCACCGCCAAUCGGCUACGCCGAAAAACCGCUACAAUCUCCCAGUGGUCACGCCAUCACCGCCACCGACACCAUCACCGACAACAUAUUCAACCUCGAUGACGUCGACAAGCUAUUCGCCUCUGUCUCCACGCCGACGCUGCUGAGGGCCGCGCUGAACCUCCACGCGGUGGCCUUCGAGCCAUUGGUGGACAUUGGAAUGUGGGUCAUGAAAUCCAGGCUCAUGGACACGCCGUUGAUUCGGGACGUGAUCAUGGGGAUCAUACGGUCCACGUUUUACGAGCACUUUUGCGCCGGUGAGAACGCCAUGGCGGCCGGGAGGUCGGUGCUCGAGCUGAACGAGGCCGGGCUCCGAGGGAUGCUUGUUUACGCUCUGGAGUACGCCGGCGAUAACGACGCUUGUGAUCGGAACUUGCAGGGGUUCUUGGACACCGUUGAAGCCACCAAGUCCCUCCCUCCUUCUUCCGUGAGCUUUAUUAUUAUGAAAAUCACAGCAAUUUGUCCCAUGAGGGUGCUUGAGCGGGUCAGUGACUUGCUGAGAUGGCAACACAAAGACCCUUCUUUCAAGCUCCCGUGGAAGCUGGAUACCCUCCCCAUUUUCUCUGACAACAGCCCUCUAUACCACACCCUUGAAAAGCCAGAGCCUUUAACUCCAGACGAGGAGCGGGAUCUCGAAUUAGUCCACCAGAGACUACUCAAACUGUCCCAGAAGUGCUCCGAAGCCAAUGUCCCUUUAUCCGUUGAUGCAGAGUACUCCUCGGUUCAACCGGCCAUCGAUUACCUGACGUACUCUUCUGCGAUCAUCUACAACAAAGAUGACAACCCGAUCGUUUAUGGGACUAUACAGGCUUACUUGAAAGAUGCAAAGGAAAGACUGCUGCUGGCAACAAAGGCUGCAGACGACAUGGGAAUUCCAAUGGGGUUCAAAGUGGUGAGGGGUGCUUAUAUGUCAAGUGAAGCGAAAGUAGCUUCUUCCUUGGGGUAUAAGUCUCCUAUUCACGAUAGCAUUGAGGACACACAUGCGUGCUACAACGAUUGCACUUCGUUCAUGCUUGAGAAGAUUGCCAAUGGCUCUGGUGGAGUUGUUCUUGCAACCCAUAAUGUUGAAUCAGGGAAACUGGCAGUGGCAAAAGCACAUGAAAUCGGGAUUGGGAAGGUACGCCAGAAGCUUGAAUUUGCACAGCUCUAUGGAAUGGCGGAAUCGCUUUCCUUUGGUCUGAGAAAUGCAGGGUUUCAAGUGAGCAAGUACAUGCCAUUUGGGCCAAUAGAGUUGGUGCUUCCUUACCUUCUGAGGAGGGCUGAAGAGAACAGGGGACUUUUAUCUGCUUCAACUCAAGACAGACAACGCACAAGGGAGGUGCUGAAAAGGAGACUAAAAGCAGCAAUCUUCUAA